AUGAAAUCCUUCACCGCUGCUGCUGUUAUCUCCACCUUGGCUGCUGCCAACGCUGGUUUUGCUCCCUCUCCCUUGGCUUAUGCUGCCGCUCCUUUCGCUGCUGCUUCUCCCUAUGUAGCUCAUCACUACGCUGCCGCUCCUUAUGUAGCUGCCCCCGCUGCUUACUCUGCUCCCUUGGUAGCUAAGACUUUCGCCGCAGCUCCAGCUUUUGCUGCCCCUGGCCCAGUCUAUGCUGCUGCCCCUGCUCCUUAUGUAGCCGCCCCUGUUGCUAAGACUUAUGCUGCUGCUCCCGUCUAUGCUGCUGCCCCAGCCCCUGUUUUGGCUAAGACCGUUGCUGCUCCUUUGGCCGCUCCCGUUGCUGCCGUAGCUGCUCCCGUUGUAGCCAAGGCUGAAGUUGUUGAUGCCUACCCUCAAUACAAAUUCGCCUACAAUGUCCAAGAUGCUUUGACCGGUGACUCCAAGACCCAAGAAGAAACCCGUAAUGGUGAUGUAGUACGUGGAUCUUACUCUCUCAUCGAAGCCGAUGGCUCCCGUCGUAUUGUCAACUACUAUGCUGAUGAUAUCAACGGUUUCAACGCUGUUGUGUCUAAGGAUGUUCCCGUAGCUGCUGCUCCCGUUGUAGCUGCCCCAGCUGCCGUUGUUGCCUAAUUUCUCCCUAAGUGAUGCCUUUAUGAGAUUACUUCUUUUUGCCAAUUUGCCUUUAAUUCUUAGCUAAUUAUUUAUCUCUAUUUCGUUAUCUAUCCUUUUUCCCCUGCUAAGUCAAUGGGUUAAAUUAACCCCAUGUCUAUCUGUCAAGGUGCUGUCAAAUAAUUUCAAUGGCUUAAGCGAAAUUCAUUUGUAAAUAACUCAUAACUGAGACUUUGUUAAAACUGUUAAAUAAAAUAUAAUUACUGAAAAAAA